GUAGGACUAUCUCCCUCAAUACUUUCGCUUCUCAAGUGCCUCAAGUGCAAUACAUGCAAACAUAGCUUUGAAAAAGAAAACGCAAAAAUACUUAUCCUAAUAAGUAUGACUCCUAUACAACAGGGUCAUCGGAGAAAAUUAAUCUCCGAUAAUGGCCCGUUGGGUUUUGGUCGCCGUAUUAAACUCCAAAAUGUGCUGCCAGAGAAAAAUUCCGGCCUCAUUCGCACAUUAGUUCCUACAUCUCUUACGCCCCCGAGAAUUCCUCCGUUUUUCGCCAUGCAAAACGGAGGAAACAGUCCUCGACGGCCGGCAAAAUUGUUGGUGAACGUGACAUUAGAGAAUAGCCCGGGUGCCAUGCAAGUGGUGAUACCGGCAGAGGACACAGUCGGCGACUUGGUGAAGGCGGCAUUGGUGUUUUAUGAGAAGGAGAAGAGGAGACCAUUUUUGAAGGACUCUGAUCCUAACCGCUAUGACCUUCACUACUCCUCUUUUGCCCUUGAAAGUUUGGAGCGAGAUGAGAAGGUGAUGAACUUGGGUUCAAGGAAUUUCUUUUUGUGCCCAAAGGCUCUUCCUCUUCUUCCUAAGAAAACUUGUUGCUCUGAGAAAAAGAACAUAGCAAUUGAUCAUGUGUGUCCAUGGAUGAUGUUUGUCCAUCUCUUGCUAUAGAUAUUAAGACCACUCUCAACAACCAUAUGCGCCACCUAUAUUUGUAUGCUUGGCUAUUUAUUGACCAGAUAUUCAAAUAUUGACAAGUGGCAUAAACAUUUAAUUUUA